UCCGCGCGGGUAGCACGGCCCGACCCGCGUCCGCAUUUAAUGAUGGAAUACGGACGCGAGCGGUGACUUAUAAACAAAAGUCAACUGUCAACAAUUCGAUUUGCAAUUCGAAAAUCGAAUUCACGUAUUACGGAAGAUGCACAGAAACUGUAUUGCCGUUUUAAACAAUGGUUGAUAAAGAUAAAAACUUCAUGGUGGUUAAAGUGUGACUGUAUAAGAUUAAACUAAGUUGUGGGUGAACGGAACGCUUAUUAUGUAAAAUCGACGAUUUGACAAAUAUGAAAAUGAAGAUACUUACUCUGUUUAUGUUGUGUGCAAUAGCAUCAGCGCACAAGAUCACUCAGCUGAAGGUUCCCUUGUACGCCGACCCGCGGCGAGCCGCAGAACUCAGCUGUCACUUCCAAAUGGAUGAUCAGAAGUUACACUCUGUCAAAUGGUACCGAGACAUGCACGAGAUAUUCAGAUAUAAUCCUUCACAAAAGCCGCCGAUACGACUUUUCAACGUAACGGGCAUCAUGGUGCAGGGCGGUGAAUGUCAAGUGGACUCUUGUAUGGUGCGAGUCAUGCCGCCUCCAGUAGCCACCAGAGCUGCCUACAGCUGUGAAAUAUCGACCGAAGGCCCCAAGUUCCAGAUUGCUAGACAAACUAAGCACAUGACAGUUGUCGCGAUGCCGGACAAGGACCCAACUAUAAUCGGAGCACCCAAAUUAGUGAAACCAGGAGAACAAAUUCUCCUCAAUUGUACAUCAGACUACUCAUUGCCGCCGUCUGAUAUAAAUUGGUAUAUCGACAACGACAUACAAAAGCCAGAACCAUGGCAUCGUACGGAGCUCAGUGCGCCUCAGCCCGGGGGUCUGCGCGCAUCAUGGAGGGUGCUACGCGUGUCGGUGCCCCCGGCGGAGAGCGGGGCGCUGCGCGUGCGAUGCGAAGCGAUCCUCAUGGUUGAACCACCGGUCGUACGGGACACAUCGGCGAUCAUUACUCUUUAUUCGCGCACGCAAUUGUCGAAAUACGUGUCAAAUAGAGGUAACAAUAUGGAAAAUUCAGUAAAUGUAUUAGCGUGUGUAGUUUUGUGGACUUUAAAAGAAUUAUCAAAGGUGAGCUUAUGAGGCUAAGUUUGACUGUGGUGGUGAUAUUAGUCUAAGUAUGUAGAUAAUGGGUCAGCCUCGAUGUCAUUCCUAGUUUAAGAGCUGUUUAUUUCAAAAUAUCCAUUGUUUCCUUUUGGGAACAAGUUAUUGGCUUCAAAAACAUGUCUCAAUAAAUGAAUAGCUAAGAAUAGAACGUUCAUUCUUGUGCCAAAUUAUUAGAAUUUAAUCAGAAGAGUUUCAUUUUGUUUCAGCUCUUAGGCUAUAAGUGACCAUAAAGUAAGUUAUACUUGGUGUAUGUAUUAUAAUGAAUUUAAUUCACAAGUUUACCGUUAAGUUGGUAACCAUACAUAACUUAUUUUUUGUACAUACCAAAACUAAUAAUUAUAUUGUCGAUGUAUGUCAAGAUAUAAAUUAUUUAUUAGAUAUUUAAUAUAAACAAAAUAAAUCUAACUAGUCGAGUUAUAACUGUCUUAGCUAAUUCCUUAGACGUGUCUAUAAUAAGUUUUUAGACUGUACUGUCACUAAAUGCACUAUAAAAUUGCUGCGUAUGACUUAUAAAGUAUGAAUAUAUGUGUAUCUUCCAGUCCGUCGAAUGAAAUAAAGAUUUUUUUUGUAAUGUUAAUGUUCUUUUGUAAAAAUUCACAGCACAUAAAAAUUAUAAACGUGUAAACGUAAAAGUGUGGAAACAGUCUUAAUAAGAUUGAAUUCCGACCUCACUAAAUUAUUGUAUGGGUUAUAUAGUUAACGAAACUUGAACUUAUAAAUCAUUAUAUUUAAUUGCUUUCAUGUUUUAUUGCUGAAACGUAUGCGAAACAAAUCCAAUUAAGGAUUGAAUCCAUCUAAAAGUACGUUAACAAGCCGGCAA